GCGAGAUCCUGACCGACACCUGUGACGUAGUCUUUUUCCGGCUCUGUGAUUGGUCGUCAGGUCCCUGUUUAAACAGUGGAGCUGCGUUCAGACAUGAUGGAGUCUUGUUUGGCCGGGAAGCCGGAGCGCGUGGGACCAGUGGAGGUGGAUGACAUCAGGAGAGACCUGCUGGGGGAGUUUGCUGCUCUCCCAGUGAAGGUCGGAGGUCAGUCGGAGAACCUGCAGGUCUACCUGAGGGUUCGACCGUUCACCGCCAACGAGAGCGGCAGCGCAGAGUCCCAGGAGUGUGUGACCAUCGAGGGGCCGGACACCGUGGUGCUGAAGGCUCCCAGGAGCUGUCAAUCAAAGUCCCUCCCACAGACCGCUCAGAGGUUCAGCUUCACGCAGGUGUUCGCUGCGGAGGCGAGUCAGAGGACGGUGUUCGAGUCUUCGGUCCGAGGUCUGGUCCGAGAUGUUCUGGAAGGAGGGAACUGUCUGGUGUUCACGUACGGAGUCACCAACGCUGGGAAGACCUUCACCUUCCUCGGUCCGGACCACGACUCCGGUCUGCUGCCCAGGUCUCUGUCCGUCAUCUUCAACAGCAUCGAGGGCCGUCUGUACGCUCGCUCCGACCUGAAGCCGCAGCGCUGCAGAGACUUCAGCCGCCUGACUCCAGACCAGCAGGCGGCUGAGAGCAGCAGCAAGAGGAACCUGCUGCGGCUGCUGAAAGAGAGUGACAAAAGUCAGACGUCUGGACGAUCAACGUUUCUGGAAGGCUCGUCUCUCAGCACCGACAGUAUGAACAGUGUCUCUGAAGCCGACAGUUUCUGUCUGGACGUGGAUUCAAACGUCCGUUUCUCUGUCUGGGUUUCAUUCUGCGAGAUUUACAACGACAACAUCCAUGACCUUCUGGAGCAGGUUCCCGGAGGUCACCACAAGAGGGCGGUGCUGCGUCUGUCUCAGGACGUCAAAGGGAACUCCUUCAUCAAAGACCUGCGCUGGGUCCAGGUGAACAGCUCGGAGGAGGCGUACCGAGUGAUGAAGAUCGGGAAGAAGAACCAGAGUUUCUCCUCCACCAAACUGAACCAGGCGUCCAGCAGGAGCCACAGCAUCUUCUCCGUCAGGAUCCUGAAAGUGGACGACGUGGGAGUUCCCAGAGUCCUCGGCAUCAGCGAGUUGGCGUUGUGUGAUCUCGCCGGCUCGGAGCGUUGCUCUCGGACUCAAAACACUGGAGAGAGACUCAAAGAGGCGGGAAACAUCAACAGCUCUCUGCUGACGCUCGGGAAGUGCAUCAACGCCAUGAGACUGAACCAACACGCCAAGUUCCAGCAUCACAUUCCCUUCAGGGAGUCCAAACUGACCCACUUCCUGCAGUUCUUCUUCUGUGGUGCCGGACGCGUCUCGAUGGUCGUCAACAUCAAUCAGAACGCCGCCUGCUUCGACGAGACGCUCAACGUCCUCAAGUUCUCUGCGCUCGCUCAGAAGGUGGUGGUGGUGACCUCCAGGCCCGUGGUCCCCGACGACGCCCCCCACAGGUCGGCCAUGGAACUGUCUAUGAUCAUCGAUGAGGCCGACCAGCGCAGGAACGUGUCGGGCCGGGGCAGGAAGAGCUCGCUGGUCGCCUGGGAGACGACCUUGGAGGAUGUGUUUGAGGAUGAAGAUGAUGUGGGGGAGAGCGUGAUGGAGGGAACUGUGCUGGAGGCCGGAGGUGAGGAGGAGGAGGAAGAGGACGUGACCAUGGAGGAAGAAGAGAAGUCGGACAGGGAGGCGGCGCUGCGUCUGGUCUUGGAGGCUCAGAUCAGAGAAGAAGUCAGCUCUGAGUUCAUGGAGCUUUUUAACAAGAUGGAGAAAGAUUACAGUGAUCGUCUGGAUAAGGAGAGGGAGAUCCUGGAGGAGCGGGCCGAGCGGCGGGUGGAGAUCCUGAAGAACCUGGUCAGUAAGACGGUCGACCUCUCUGCUGCAAACGCUGGAAGCAACAAGGAGGAACAGGUGGCUGUGUUGGAGGGAAUCAUCAGCUCGAUGAGCGAAGACCUGGAGAAGAUCAAAGAGGACGCACAGAGCGUUCAACACUGUCUGAACAGACGCACACACACUGCAGAGCUGGAGGCGUUGCGCUUGGAGAAGCUUCAGACUCAGGAUCAGCUCCAGGAAGCUGUGGAGAGUCUGGAGCAGCAGCGACAGAAGCUCUCCGAGCUGAUGGACAUGUGUGGGCAGAAAGACACCGUCAUCAACCGAGUGCAGGCGGCCAUGGACAAGACGGUGGAGGACGCCACCCGAGACAGAGCUCUGGUGGAGGCCGUCCGGGCGGAGCUGGAGACGUGUCGCUGUCGGCAGAGACGAGAGGAGGACGAGGACAGGGACAAGAGGAUGGAGGAGGAGCUUAACCACAGGAGGAGACGGGAGGAGGAGUUUGAGGAGAUGAUGAGGAGACAAAGGACGGAGAGGGGGGAGGAGGCCGAGGAAGACGAGGAUGUGGCGAGGAAGGACCUGGAGGAGGAGCUGCUGAGACGACAGAAGGAGGUGGAGGACCUGAAGAAGAAGCAGGGUCAGCUGACGCAGGAGGUCGACGCCCUGAGAGCAGUGGAGUGUGCUGAGUGUCUCUCGCUCUUUUCCUCUCUGGAGGCGGAGCAGAAGGAAGCCGCCCGGCUGACGAAGGAGAACAAAGCUCUCGUAAACGGAAUCUUCCACCUGCAGACGGAGAUGACCAGCAUCCAGAAGCAGCUCCAAGAGAAGACGGACAGAUCUGACAGCCUAUCAGAGCAGCUCGACAGCACACAGACCCGCCUCCAGGGUCUGCAGAGCCAAUCGGAAGAGAAGAGCAGGACCAUCAACAGUCUGACCGACGAAGUGGAGACGCUGAGACACAGAGCGAAGGAGGGGGAGGGGCAUAGUGUUUUCCACACUGCCAUGGACGAGCUGAAGAAGGAGAGCGAGGCGGCGCUGGAGAGAUCCGCCCACAAAUCACAACAGAUCCAAGAUCUGCUGAGAGAGAGGAGCGGCCUGCAGGAAACCCUGAUGCACAGAGAAAACAGGUGUAAGGAGCUCUUGGAGGAGCUGGCCAAUCAGAGAGCAGAAAACUCCCGUGCAAGGGCGGAGCCUGAUUCAGAGGGCGGAGCUCUGCGAGGCAGGGAGGAAGGGAGGAAGAGAGAAGAGAGAGAGAAACCAGAGCUGCAGAGAGUGGUGAUGGACCAAGAGAAACUUGUGUCAGAAGCUGUGACCCAGACUGAGACUGUGAAACAACAAGAUCAGAAGGUGAACGUGGAGGCAGAGGAGAGGAAAGGGUCGGUGGUGGAGGAGCUGAAGGAGGAGAUGCACAGACUCCAGGAGAAGAGGGGGAGACGAGAGAGGGAAGAAGAAGAAGAAGGAGGGAGGAGCAAGAAGUAUGAGGAGGUGAAGAGAGAGAUGGAGAGACUACAGAGAGUGAAGGAGGAGAGAGAGAAACACAAACAGGACCUUCAUGUGUCUCCUCAGAGAUCCAACAUGGCCGACAGGAAGAAAAUCAAAACCACCGGGAGGAAGAGGAAGAGCUGCGAAGUGGAGAUGCUGGUGACCAGUGAGAACAAGAGGAACAAAGGGAGAGAAAACGCACAAAGUUCUCAUCAGUCGGCGGCGGUGAAGAGAGACGGCGGCGCCCUGCAGAAGAUCGGAGAGUUGAUCCACAGCUCUCCGUCCAUCCUGGGCAGCAAAGCGAAAACCAUCAUCGGCCUCGUUCACUCCGUGGAGCGGGAGGCGGUUACCAUGGUGACCAGACCCCGGCGAGGACGGAGGAAGCUUUAUAAAACAGAUGCUUCGUCGCCACUGUUUGUCUCUCCGCACACGACGCCCGGAGGAGCGGAGGAGGAGAAGGAGAGUGAUCACCUGAUCAUCAGGAGACAGCUGCGCUCCAAAACCUGCAGGAAGUGACCUCAUCGUCUCGUGACAUCACUACUUUUUAAGAACUCAGAAGAAUCAAGUCUGACACUUUUCUUGUGUUUGGCUAAAUUACUGCACAGUUCAUGUUUUGUCUGAUGAUGAUUUUUAGAUAUUUACUUUUGGUUUCAGGACCUUUUUGUUGUCGGGGGCAAUAAAGCCAAAAUGUUGAAUCUUUCAUUUGAUAAAAAAAUAAAAACUAUUC